CGUCUUGGUGCUUGUAUUGCAGUAAACUUUAAGCCGAAGCCAAAUCAUAGCACAGCAAGUCACAUGCUGCUUAUCGGCUGUGGAAACGUCUUCAGGAAGGAUCACCUUCACCCAGGCUCCUGGAACUGCGAUCGCAACGCUGUUUGUGACAACCUGACUGUCCUCUAUGGCUGGGCCCGCAAUGCAGCUAGCACACAGCUGCCAGAAGGUGUGGGAUUCCAAGUUGGCCAACGAACAUCUGUUAGAUAUUUGGUCCUUCAAGUGCAUUAUGACAGCCCAAUGCCAGAUGGGGAGUCUGAUACUACAGGGCUGGAGCUGCUGAUUGACCUGCAGCCGCAAAGGUACUUGGCUGGAAUCCACGUAUUCUAUGCCAAGGACAGGACCAUCCCACCUGGUCGCACGAACUUUCCUGUGGACGUCAACUGUGUGGCGAGCCGAGAGGAGCCCAUCUUUGUCUUCGCCUACCGGGUGCACACGCACUCCUUGGGGCGUGCCGUUACCGCCUACUUGCUGCACAAUGGCCAAUGGAGCUUGCUGGUCAAGGGAGAUCCACACCAACCACAGGCAUUUUAUCCUUUGAACAAGACUGUGCCUGUCAAACCUGGUGACGUUUUGGCGUCCCGCUGCACAUACAACACCAUGUCCAGGACGCUUCCUACGGAAAUCGGGCCAGGAGCUAGACAAGAGAUGUGCAACCUGUACCUGAUGUAUUACGCAUUGCGGUCUAGUGGUCGUACAUCGGGUCAGUGUGAAAACCUAGAGCGGCCAGCACUAGUGAGCCAGAUUCCACUAGAAAAUGUUGGUGGCGAGGAAACUGUGGUGGAAGGAUUUCCAGCAACUGGGAGCCAUUAUGGUAAGCUACCGUAA